AUGUCAGAGUCGACAAUAAUUGAACACGACGGGAUCCGCUACCGCGUCCGCGUCUCAGUCGGCACCACAGCCAGUACAUCCCCAAAAGACAUGCACAUCCUAAACGUCAACGAUGUCUCAAACCCCUUCAUGGUCGAAACGGACGAGUUUGUGGGCCAUGUGGCUUUCAUGAUCAAGGGUCAGGAUCAGAUUUGGGGAUAUAAAGCAGGACAAAAUCAGGAUGGUCUUAAACCUGUACCUGACAGCAAGUGGUUCGAGAAUGCUGCCAAGGCUGGAAGGGGGGAGAAUAUUAAUUGUUUACAGAUCGUCGGGCGCUUUAAGCGGGAGUGGACGGGAGAUCAAGUCGUCUUUGCAACCGUGUUUGAAAGGCCCCUGAAACUCCCACCCUUCACAUCCGUCGCGCUCAAAUUCAUCAAGGCAAUAUACACCGGCCUUCAAGUCGACGUCUGCUGCCCCCAACCCUACUUUAUCGGCCAACUCCUCAACUCGGCCGACACCGUUCAGGUCACACCCGUUUCCUCCACCCUCCUCCUCAACGGCGAAUACAAGGACAAGAACAUCCCUCAAUGGGCCUCAUACCAUGGCGAGAUCCUGGUCGAGAACACAAGCCUAGUGAUCCCACCGGAGGAAAUCAAGAAGCGGCCCAAGCUGAGUACCAAUCCUAUAGCGCGACGACAACACUUUUCAAAGGCUAAACACUAUUCCAAUCAUCGGUACUUGACGGAUCAUGUUUAUGGGUUUGAGCUGUUCAACCCGUUCUUGGAUUGCGCGAGGUUUUCAGUCAAGCUGGCUGGAUUCAACAUUGACCUCCUCAAGUAUUUCAACGGACAGCCACUGACAUACUCAAUCAGGACCCAGGAUGCAUCUGUGACAUUUCUCACCUUUGUCAUCGACCUCGUACCUGUCGAAGAACUCGCCACCGUGUAG